UUUCAUGCUUUAAAUCCCUUGAACGUUCCUUCAGCGUUUCUUUGUUCCACUUUCCACGUCCUUCUCUUUAAAUUUCCUUUCGUUUAAUCCUUUGGACAACUGCUUUCCCUUACUUUCUUUUGCCUCACGAUGUACACACUCUGUAAGCUCUUUCUAGCCGCUCUUUCGUUGACCACCCUGGUUGGUGCUCACCAUCCGUCGCAUGCGCACUCGCGUCACCGCCGUACUGCUGGCCAUAGACAGUCUACCAACAAAAUUUACACAUUUCAAGACUUUUAUCAGGGGGAGGAUUUCAUCAAUGAUUGGGACUUUUUCACGGGUUCGGACCCCACCAGUGGCAAUGUCAACUACCAAAGCAAAUCGGAGGUACAGUCCAAGGGACUUGCAUACGUCAAUGACUGUGAUAGUUCGACAGUUCUUGCAGUAGAUUCAAACAGCGCCGUGGCUCCCGGCGGCAAUCGUGACUCUGUCCGUAUUACAUCUCAGAAAAGCUAUAAUGGCGGUCUUUUUGUCAUUGACGCCUUGAACAUGCCUGUCGGCUCGGGUGAAAUCGACAUUGUCGAGGGCGUGAAUAACCAGGCGACAAACCAAAUGACUCUUCAUAGUGGCACGAGCCAAAGUUGUACUAUCGCAAAGUCAGGUGUUAGUGCCGAUCUGUUUACUGGCCAGGUCCUCGGGACUGACUGUUACAGUACUGGUAAUGCGGACGCAGGCUGCGGCGUUGUGGACGCGGACACAUUGUAUUGCAUCUCUUUCUCAUGCGUCAGUUGGGAUCUAGUAAUGUGUCCUUGUGGCAGUUCUUUUGGAUAUGGCUUCAACAAUGCGGGGGGCGGUGUCUUUGCGCUUCUGUGGGACACCUCUUCUGGAAUGUCAGUGUGGCACUUUGCUCGUUCUAAAAUCCCUGCAGAUCUUACGGCGCAAACGCCCAACCCUUCUACUUGGGGCACUCCAGCUGGUUUCUGGUCUGCACAGAGUUGUGACAUUUCAGCCAAUUUCUACGACCACAAGAUGACAGAGGGCUUCGAAAUCCAGUCUCGACAAACUGCGUUAGCAUUCAAGAAACAAGCCAAGUACUUCUUAUCUGUGUCUGACCGUGCUUUUCGUUACCAUAACAGUUUCAUAUUCGUCCUGCUGAACAUAUUGCAGCGUCGACAGGCUCAUUUCCAGACCUAUUUCACCGUGGGCAAAUCAAACUUUGAUAGUGUUGCUCGUAAACUCACGACUGUGUCACCAGUACUACUCAAGCGUUUGGCUGUUAAGCUGGAACAGGAACAAAAAUUGGUUAGCCCUACCCCUGAAGAACGUAAUGCCCUGCAACUUUUGUAG